AUGACUUCGACAUCCCACCUCAAUAAUGAACAAGCACAAGUAUUGGCGGUUGUCAAUGACUUCCAUGAAUAUUUCAGUUCUCCGCCACCUUUCACAGAGGGAUCACGCUUCACCAACCCACAGGGUUUGAUCACAGUUCCUUUCCCGCCUGAGAUGGGUGGUCUCAAGACCGAGAACUUCAAAGACAUGUAUGAGCGAGUCAGUGGAUUGCUUGCCAAAACCCAGGAGGCCGGACCAACGGGCUUCAAGCAUCAACUAGCUAAGCCUGAGGCGGAGGUCUGGGUGUCUAGUAACAUUGCUGCUGUACUUGUUGGCUGGUCCGCGUCUAUGGAUGGCCGCGGGGAGUUCGUCCAUACAGUUCACCUUGUCACAUUGCAUCGGCUGCUAGAGGACGAUUCCUCUGCUGGCAAUCCGUGGCGAAUUGUGGGAUCUGUUGAUAUGAAUCACUUGCCACCGGAUAUUCCAGCAUCCCCUGUGGAAACAGGUCCCUUGUCCGAGGUCAUUGCACCCUUCGAGGUCCUGCUUACUCACAUCAAGGCCCAAGACUGGGAAGCCAUUACCCCGCUACUCUUACCUGGAGCUGGUGCAACGGUCUGGCAAGAUUCGCAAGCACCGGAAACAUUUUUGUGGACAGAAUACGUCAAGCAUCUGCAAGCUCAAGCUAAAAGUGGCUCAGCUGUUGAGAAAAAGCUCCUGAACAGUGAGGCGCGACGCUGCGCUGAUCUCGCUUUUGUAUGGGCGCCAUUUAUGAUUGAGGUCGACGGUGAAGAACGUAGCCAGGGAGUCAGUGUUUGUACAUUUAGGCUGCAAGAUGGAAAGUGGCUGAUUAGUGGUCUGCAAGAGACAACUUUCCGAAGGUAG